AUGGCCCGGACAUUGUACAAGGGGGGUGAAUGCAAACCCGAGUUAAAGGUAACAACCUUCAAUGUGGAUGACAAUACACUUGCAAUUUCAGCAGAAGUAGGAGCCCAUUUAAAAUUGCACGGCUCACCUCCAGCCACACAUUCAAAUCCAAAAAAUGAAGAAGAACGGAAUGUCCAGUCAAACCCUAAGAAACAUCAUACUGCUCACAGGCACAACAAUGCGGCUCGAGAUGAAGUCCGCUCAGAGAAUGAAGAGGAUGAUGAAUUAGAUGGAGUUACAGAGAAUUCGAUAGCUCAAGCGAGACUGAUUUAA